GUUUUCGUUUCGCAGCCUUCAGUCACACUCGAGUGUCUUAAUCUAUACUUGGCCCGGCGCCAGGUCUGCCACCUAGCGAUGAGACAGUGGUGAAAUCCACCAGCAUACCCUAUAUCCCCGAGUCAACUGCGUACCCUCCGAUGGGAUCUAAUCCGUGCUGGCGACCACUCUCCCUCUGCCCAACACCAUCCCCAAACUCCAGUGCUUGCUCUAGACCAUAUCGCGACGCAGCCCUUCACACAGUCUUGAACGGAGACCGCAUCAAAGGCAGCAAUGUCUCAGAAUCAGAACGCCAGCGGCCAACAAUCAAGGUCAUCGCGGGGCGGAUCUUCGACGCCAGGAAGAGAGCCAUCCAGGUCGAAGGCGGACGAAUGGAGUGAAGUCAAGGACCCAAAUGAGCGCAGGAAGAUCCAGAACAAGUUGGCUCAGCGGCGGUUCCGCGACAAAGUCAGAGAACAGAAGGAAGAGGCCGAGCGCGAUGUAGAGAAUCAACGACGAGCAGGAAGCUCUUACGCUUCUCCGGACCCUGGCGACAUUGAUCAAGGCAGAGACCUCUCAGGUCUGCCAUGGGGCGGGAUCUCGAUGCGGCAUAUUGUCGAGGCGGGAAAGACCAAAGAACAGAAUUCCCAGCGUAGCUCACGGGAGAGCUCAGUGUAUGCCGCCGCUUCAAGAACAGGGGGAAGCAGCAGGUGAGAUAUCCCAGGUGUGAGUCGGUCUUCCGUUUCAGUCUGAGGAUUUUGACUGACGCCGCCGCAGAGUUGGGCUACGCCUUACGGAUCAAUUUGCACGAGGCUAUCCAGCUUGGAGAUACUUUCCUUAUCGCCAACCAGGAUGGGGAGCGAGUUGAUGUAGCGUGAGAGCUCACGGAAUAGCCGCCGAGGUCCUUCACGCCGCCGGUGACCACUUAU